AUGAGACCGUAUAUUACUAUAACAUCUAUCUUCAUAUUCAUAGCAACAUUUACAUUAUAUGUUAUCUAUAUUUUAAAGGAGGACUCCUCGUCUCUUAAAUUCUUUCCAACUAUAAAAACAUUACAAGAACCGUACCGAAUAACUGAUCCAAAUCAAAGAGUGAUUUUCACUGGUGAUGUUCAUGGGAAAUAUACUGAAUUUAAAGACUUGAUCGAUAAUAAAUUAAAUGGUCUCGAUGAAAAUACAUUGCUUAUACUUCUGGGUGAUUUCAUGAUUAAAGGACCAGAUUCUCGGAAAGUUGUUUCCUAUAUAUUGGAACAUAAAGACCAAAUAAAAUGUGUUUUGGGAAAUAAUGAUAUUUUAGUUCUUUUAGCGUAUUUGAACCCACAUUUACCAUUAUCUAAGGGGCGAACGAUUCAUAGUGUUCGUAAUCCAUUAAACUUCACUACAGACCAUUCAUUUACACCUCAAGAUAUCUCUAAAAUUAGUGCAAGACAUAGACAAAUUGCCAAAGAGGUUGGUUAUGUUAAUUUAUUGGCUUUAGCUCAGCAUUGUUCAGUAGCAAUUGAGGUUGAAUUGGAGUUAACAAGAGAAACUUUAUUUGGGGCUCAUGCGGGUGUUUUACCUGGAGAUUUUAUGGAUCAUGGUCCACAUAGACAUACACAUCCAUUAUCAAGCGUUAAAGCAUUGACUGAUAUGAAAUAUGUAGACGAGGAUGAUUGGACUCAUACUUCUAGAGAACCGGAUACGAAACAUAGUAUAAAAUGGUACAAAUUAUGGGAUGAAUAUGGAAGUUUGUACAAGAAUGUCACUGUAUUUUAUGGGCAUGACUCAAGAACCGGAUUGAAUUUGAGAAAGCAUACAAAAGGGUUAGAUUCUGGAUGCGCCAAAGGUGGUGAAUUGUCUGCGAUGGAAUAUAAAUACAAUGAAAAGAAAGGCAAAUACGAACAUCGACUUGUCCAAGUUGAUUGUUGA